AAGAAUCAAGAUGCAGCUCGCAAUCAAUUAUCCAUACAGUUUUGCAGGAUUGGUAGAUGAUCCCGAUCCAUUUCAGCAACCAGCACCUCUAAAGUUAUGUCACCAACUGAUGGAAAAUGUGAAAUGGUUUCAGCAAUACGUUCCAUUAUUGUCCGUCUUUCGCAAUUCAGCAAUGCAACAAAUGCAUUGGGACAAUAUGUCGGUUAUCGUAGGAUACGAUUUGACACCGGACGCUGGCACGACAUUGAGAAAAAUAAUCAAUUUGAACUUGAUGGAGGAUUUAGAAAAGUUCUCUCUAGACACAACGAUAUAAUGCAAAACAAAAAAUGUUCUCAUUAAAGUUGUAUAAAACUACAAAAGUUGUAUGGGAAAGCAAGCACAUACAACAGUUUAAGAAAUAUUUUUAAAUUCCAUCACACACACAUAUACAACAAUUGCAAUUAGUGUUGCAUAAGAUACCUCUAU